UCAAGAUGUAGAGCAGCAGAGCCCCUAGACUAGAAAAUAGAUUUUUCCAUCAGAUUCCCUCGUCCCACCCAGCAAAAGACCAGGAAUUUUCCUGAAAAAACUUUUCCAUCGAGGAAAGCAUCGACCCAAGUGGAAGUGCCUUCUCCAUUUCUACGGGAAAUUAACUUCAACUUUUACUUUAUAAUUCUGAAAGACGUAAUUCAUUUAUGGUUCACGUGAAUUAUUUGGGUAUUAGUCUUGAUGAGUUUUCAGGGGAUAAUUUCAGUGUUUGUCAGACGGAUGAACUCUUGAAUUAAUUGGAAAUGUCAGAUCUUAAAUAGAAAUUGUAAGGGAUGAUUGGAAAGGUCGGGUGGCACAUGUUAAAAUUUUAAUGUGACUGAUGAUCUGUCUGUUGGGCAUCGAUUAAUGAGAGAGGGAGAGACCCCUUUUUUUUUCGUUCCCCACCUUUUUCCGUCGACUCUAGGAGUUAAACACCUGGUCAACCUGCACCUGGACGAUACUUUUGCCGUGUACUAAACUAUUCCCCUGUUUUCUCUGGUAAAUUCAGUCAGUACUUCGGUGGAAGUCGAAACGGAAGGAUCACCUGUGCUUUUUCUGAUUGUCAACGUGUGUUCCCAAGGGUAGGCUUGAUAAACAAUCAGUGGAUUCGUGCAUUAUCGUGCAUUUUCUGUUAUCGAUUUCUUUUUUUUUUUGAGGAAAUAAGUCAUUCGGAGGGGUUCGUAUUUUAGGGGAUUUUUUUCUGGCUCUAUUAUUUUUUAGACCAGAAUUUUAACAGUUGUAGGAUGAAACAGAACUUGGAGUUUUGGAUUUAAUACCCUGGGAUUUUUGCUUGAGAUUGUUGUCUCUAGAUUUCGGAGAGCCAUAAGCCGUUAAUUUAUUCAUCGACAUGUAUUACCAAGCGAUUGCGCUCAAUUUAGUGCUAAUAAGUGUAUCGAUCCAAGUGAUCGCCUGCGAGGGCUGCAACAAGGAGGAUCACCAGAAAUGUGUCGCCCUGGCUGAUCCUCUCCUCAAAGAUGCGCAUCUUAUCUUUCCUGAUAACAUGAGGGACAUCGAUAUGGUCUGCAGGACAUGGUCGAGCUUUGUCGACUGCAUCAAGCGAUAUAUCGACAGGUGUUUCACGAAACAACGGAGGGAACAGUUUAAUCAGGCGGUUGAGUCCCCGAUUGCGUCGGUUCAUCAGAUGUGCUCUGUCACUUCUUAUCAGACUGAGUACCUUCAGUACGCAAGUUGUUUAAAAGCAACAGUCACCGAGGCACAACAUUGCGGCAAUCAGUACACAGCCCUCGUGGAUGAGGUAUCUCAAGGGGAAAUGGCCCGAAGAAGCCUCUGCUGUGCUCACCACCACUUCCGGGCUUGUGUCAUUACUGAGACGAGGAAGAGGUGUGAUGGGGGUCAACCUGGAGGCGCAGCUUCGAGGUUUUCUGGACAAAUUCUCGACCGGGCCUUGAGCUUUUUGCAGGAACAAUGUCAGGCUUACAUACCAAAUGGUAGUGACUGUCCAGAACCGGUGACAGACAGUUCUUUGGCUCUUGCUGUGAGUCCCUUGGACGAAGAAUCAGGAAAUCGCGGUAUCAGCCGACGUCCUUAUCAGCGAACUCUGUCACCCGAUAACUACGCAGGACAGGCCAGCACUUUCCAUGGCGCAAGUACAAAUACUAUUAACAGUGCGUCAUCGUUCAGGAGCACUGGCAGAUCCCUAAAUGUUCUUCCAAUUGUGUAUCAUUUUUUAGAGAAUGAGGAGCCCGAUGUGAGACCAGCACCGACACUCGAGGUAUCCAAUUCCGAGGUGACGGUGAAGGUGGAUGAGGCCGCGGGAAAAGCCGUCGACGAGAAGGAAAUCUCAACGGUUGGACAGAGCAUUGAAGAGCCCGCUAUAAUCGUGACUCAACGAUCACCUAGUUAUGGGAGAGGAAUGUCCUGGACAUCGCCCUCGCCGAAAGAAACAACAGAAAUACCGGCGUGGGCCACUAGCACUUGGCCUGACACCAAUAAAGACUCGGCGACAGAGUCGUGGUAUCCAGCUGCCGGUAGCUUCGGGGGGAAUAACAUAGACGAGCCAAAUCAGCAAGGCCUGAAGAACGGACACAAUUGUUUAAGAUCUAAUAUAAUUCCAUUAGUUAUUAUCACUAUUGCUCUGUAUUUUAUAUGAAUGAAUUUUCAUUCGAAGUAAUUGAAUUUCCAAGUGAAAACCGUGGGCUGAGCAAUAUCACUGGAAUCUAGAGAUAAAUUGAAUCGUUAAUUGGGUUAUUUGUUAAUUUCAUAAUGAAGUUGGUGAGGUAAUUGGAAUAGAUAUCGAUAGUUUAUACGAUAGCUCGCUGGAUCAGCGGAUGCGUAUUCUAAAUUUUAAUGUACAUUUUCAUUUUCAACUUUUAAACAUUAAUAUCGAUUACCUGUAUAUAAUAAUGUGAUACCAAAGAAUAUUUUGAUUUUGUUAUCAACCAUUUGUUUCUUUUUUCUCAGUAUUCGUAGCUAAUUGAUAAUCAGAAUUUAUGCUGCACUGUAGUACCGAAUUUGAAUUGUACAUUCAAUAAAACCUCUAGUCCAUUGGCUCGA